AUAGUGUCCUUCUGCUGCACGGCGCUGUGACUUUCGUCAUACCAUAGAUCACAACUAUACCUUCUUACAGCUCUGUACUGCAAUGUCUCCUAACGGCCAAUCGCCCCAGUGGUGGCAUAGAGCCUCUGUUUACCAGAUCUACCCAGCCAGCUUCAAAGACUCCAACGCCGACGGCAUAGGCGAUAUCCAAGGCAUUAUACAAAAAGUCCCAUAUAUUGCUAGUCUCGGUGUCGACGCAGUAUGGCUCUCGCCCUGCUACGAGUCGCCCCUUGUCGACAUGGGCUACGACAUCAGCGACUAUCGCAAGAUCGAUCCCAAAUAUGGCUCGGUGGAAGACAUUGAGACGCUGAUAAAAGAGCUUGGAAAACAUAAUAUCAAACUUCUCAUGGACCUGGUGGUCAAUCAUACCUCUGAUCAGCAUGCCUGGUUCAAGGAGUCUAGGUCAAGCAAAGACAACCCAAAGCGGAACUGGUACGUUUGGCGAAAGGGCACAAAAGAGACCAACCCAGACGGGACCUUUGAGCUCAGGCCGCCAAACAACUGGGAGAGCCUCUUCAAAGGAAGUGCCUGGACCUAUGACGAACUCACGGAUGAAUGGUAUCUGCGUAUCUUUGCUUCGGAGCAGCCAGAUCUCAAUUGGGAGAAUCCGGAUACAAGGAAAGCCGUGCAUGAUGACAUGAGAUUCUGGCUAGACAAAGGCAUUGGAGGCUUCAGGAUGGAUGUCAUUAACAUGAUUUCCAAGCCAGAAGGCCUUCCAAAUGUGCAAGUCACCAAACCUGGUCCAUACCAACCAGCACAUGACUUGUAUUGUAAUGGACCGCGAAUUCAUGAGUUCAUCAAUGAGAUCAAUACCCAAGUCCUUGCUGCUUACAAAGAUAUCAUGACUGUUGGCGAAGUUCCAUUUACUAGGGAUCCCGAGGUGGUCCGGAAAUAUGUCGAGCCUGCGAGGAAGGAACUUAGUAUGCUUUUUCAAUUUGACAUCGUCGAUCUCGAUACGGUUGGCGGCCCGGGAGGCAAAUUCCACCAUGUCCCGGUCACUCCGCAUAUGCUUAAGAAGACCGUUACGAAAUGGCAGACCGCCCUAUCCUACAGCAAAGGUGCCUGGGCAACAGUGUUCUUGGAAUCCCACGACACCGCUCGGUCAGUGACUCGUUUCGGAGACGGCACGUCAAAGAAUCGCUUCAAGGUCGCGAAAAUGCUUUCGCUCAUGCUAAACAGCCUCAUGGGUACUGUGUUCAUAAUGCAGGGCCAAGAAAUCGGCAUUGCAAAUUACACAGCGGAUAUUGACCUCGAACAAUACACCGAUAUCGAGACCAAGGGUUUGUGGAACGAGAUUUAUGCUGAGCGUAAAUGGAAGUCUGGUCAUGCAGACCCUGAUAUGUCAGACGUCAUGCAACAAGUACGUCUCAAAGCUCGCGAUCACGGACGCAUUCCAAUGCCAUGGCGUCACGGCGCUAAAAAUGCCGGCUUCUCGGACGCUGACAAGCCGUGGGCUCCGAUCAACACGGAUGUUGCGGAAUGCAACUUUUCCGACCAAGACAAGGAUACAGCCAGCGUGUUGAACUUCUGGCGAAACAUGCUUCAACUUCGGAAAGAAUGGUCUGAUACGCUUGUACUUGGCGAUUUCGUACCAGUUGAUAUCGACGAAGGUCCGGUAUUUGCGUACAAAAGAGUGGGUGCCAGUGGAAAUGGCGUGCUUGCUGUCAUGAAUUUGUCUAAUGAAGAGGCUUUGACUUGGCAGAGCCCAGCCGACAUGAAGUGUGAUUUCAAACUCAUCAAGUCAACCAGUAGUGUUGAAAAUGCGGAAAAGAUGGUGAAUGUGUCCGGACAGGCGGUCAAGUUAACAUUGCAUGCUUAUGAUGGCUUUCUCUUCGGUCUGUAGAUGGAUUCUGCCGCCACAGUGAACUCAACAAUAUAUCAUAUCCGUUAGAAAGGAUGUUGGAUUUGCCAAAUACCCGUCCCACGCACUUCGGAGUUGUAAAGGAGGUUACAACUCCGAAGUGCGUGGGACGGGUAUUCAACAAUCUGCGUCAGCCAGGGCCCG